AAGUUUGUGAGUAAGUGAUUGUCUGAUAAAUAUUGACAUAUUUGAAAAUUGAUCAGUAGAAACUCUCAGAGAAUAUAUAGGCAUGUAAUGGAUAGGGAAACAUUGGUCUUUAAUCAAGUAGUAUGUAUAAUAUCAUCAUUGAUGUUUACUUUUCAGGAGAUUAUGAUAUUCACCAACUGAAAUAUGGGAGUAAUUAGUCACCUGCCAAGUUAAAUGCGCCAUGAUUAGGAAAUUCAAAGUUGCACAAAGAUUAUUUGAUAUUUCUCGUACCAUCUUACACACAAAGGUUGCAAAAUCUUCUAGAUGUUUAACAGUUAUCACGAAUUAUGUCAAACAAAAUACUGCUGCGUACAUCCCUGUAACAUUUAAUCACCCAAAAAUCCGAAGACUUAAUGAAGCUUUUGUCUUUCCGAACAAACUCUCGUACCCAGAUGUUUAUUCGUGCACCAAGACAAUUCAAGCUUUUGUGAGAAACAAUCGGCUUAACGAUGCCUUGAAGCUGUUCGAGGAAAUGCCGGUUCGGGAUGCAGUUACGUGGAAUUCAAUGAUCAAGGGGUGUUUUGACUGUGGGAAUCUGGAGUCGGGUUUUAAGCUAUUUGAAGAAAUGCCUGAAAGAAAUGUGGUUUCUUGGACAACAAUGAUAAAUGGGUUGUUGAGACAUGGAAGGACCGAAGAAGCAGAGCAAUUGUUUAGAGAGAUGCCUCUGAAGGACGAAGCUGCUUGGAAUUCGAUGAUUUAUGGAUAUUUUAUCAAUGGAAGAGUGGAAGAUGCUGUUAGGUUCUUUCACGAGAUGCCAAGCAGAAGUGUGAUUUCCUGGUCCUCAAUGAUUAAUGGGUUUAAUCAGGCUGGGAAGAGCGAUGACGCAUUAGUUCUCUUCAGGCAGAUGUUGUCUUGUGGUGUUCGGCCUACUUCAGUUACGUUUUCGUCUGUAAUAACAGCUUGUGCAAAUGUAAGAAAUUUACAUCUGGGUGUCAAGAUUCAUGGGCAUGUAGUGAAGCUUGGUUACCUCUCAGACACAUAUGUUACGGCUCCCUUAAUUACAUUCUAUGCACAUUGCAAGGACAUUGAUAGUUGUUGCAAAGUUUUUAAGGAGAAAAUGCAUAGUUCUGUGGUAGUGUGGACGUCUCUCUUAACCGGAUACAGUUUAAAUUGCAAACAUGAGGAAGCAUUGGAAGUAUUUGCUGACAUGUUUAGGUUUGGUGUUCCUCCAAAUCAAUCUUCAUUUACCAGUGCCUUAAAUUCAUGUUGUGAAGUGGAGGCUUUGGACAGGGGAAAAGAGAUUAAUGGAGCAGCUGUCAAGCUAGGACUUGAAACAGAUGUGUUUGUAGGAAAUUCCCUCAUUGUAUUGUAUACCAAGUGUGGGAAUAUUUACGAUGGAUUGUCCAUCUUCAAGGAAAUAGCCGAGAAGAACAUUGUUUCAUGGAACGCGAUAAUUGUUGGAUGUGCCCAACACGGUUAUGGCAUGUGGGCACUAAUCCUUUUUAACCAAAUGAUACGUCACGGAGUGCCACCUGAUGAUAUAACCUUUACCGGGCUACUUUCUGCAUGUAGCCGUUCUGGGAUGUUAGACAAAGGAAGAUGCAUUUUUGAUUUUGUGUCUCGGUAUGGAUCUGUUAAGGUGAAGCUCGAGCACUAUGCAUGCAUGGUGGAUAUCUUAGGACGUGGGGGGAAGUUAAAUGAAGCGGAAGAGUUAGUUAGAAGCAUGCCGAUGGAACCAAAUACAUCUAUUUGGCUAGCUUUGCUUAGUGCUUGUAAGGUGCACUCAAACUUAAACUUGGCUGAAAGAGCUGCAGAAACAAUAUUUAACAUAGAUCCAGAUUGUAGUCCUGCAUAUAUGCUCUUAUCUAAUUUGUAUGCUUUUGCUGGUAGAUGGAGUGAUGUUUCAAGAAUCCGAGGGGUGAUGAAAAGCAGACGGAUUAUGAAAGAGCCAGGACGCAGUUGGGUCACUUUGAAGGGACAUAGGCAUGAAUUUCUUUCUGGAGAUAGGUCUCACCCUAUGACGACUGAAAUAUAUAGAAAACUUGAGUGGAUAGGAGAAAAGAUGAAGGGACUUGGUUAUGUCCCUGACCAAGUGUUUGCUUUACAUGACGUUGAAGAUGAACAAAAGGAAACACUCUUAUUGUAUCAUAGCGAGAGGCUUGCUAUUUGCUUUGCAUUAGUUUGCACAGUUAAAGGAAGUACUAUAAUAGUGAUGAAGAAUCUUCGUGUAUGCGGCGAUUGUCAUUCUGCCAUUAAGCUUAUAGCAAAAGUUGUUCAACGUGAGAUUAUUGUAAGAGAUUCUAGUCGUUUUCAUCACUUCAAAGAUGGAUUUUGUUCUUGUGGUGAUUAUUGGUAAUGCUAGUUCAUCUAUAUCAUGGUCUUGAGAAGGUUCU